AUGAAACCAAUUUUUGAUGAAACUCAUGAGAAAGAACUAUAAAAAUAUAGGUAAAAAUUUGGAACUAUGCAAUUUCAUGAUGGACAUUAAACAGAAAGAAAGGAAUUCUUUAAUAAUUAUAUUGAUUAAGAACCAAAGACUUGUAAUUAAAGUCCAACUUAGUCUAGAUUGGAAAAGAAUAAAUUUUCUCUAUCUUUGAGUAAUUUAUAAACCUAAAGAUCACUUGUUUAGUCUUCUGCUAGAAAAAGUUAACAUGAAAGGAGAAAAGUUGUAAAUAGAUAAUCUGAAUAAGUUAUUACAACUAAUAACAACGUUAAUUAUGAAUUUUCUUUUCCUAAAUGGAUUUCAGAAAGAAAUGAUUUUUAAAAAUGGAAAUCUCAUAGGUAUUGAAUCCAUUAAAUGGUUAUUAAGUGAUUUCGAUAUAAAUUUAAAGAUUGUCUCAAUCUGCAAGAUGGAAACUUUCAAAAGAGAUGCUGCUUAAAAAUAAAUAGUAGCAUUAUAUUUACAGAAAUUGAGUCUAUUCAAAUUAAUGCCUUUAAUGCUAUUACAAGAAUUAGCAGGUAGAUUAACAUAUAAAGAGAUUAAAUCUGAAUCAGAUUUAAUAUUGUGUAAAGUAGGGGAUAUUGGGAAUUGUAUGUAUAUCAUUUUUUAAGGAACAGUAAAAGUGAUAAUAAAAGUAUUUGCAUAAAUAUUAAAAUUUUAAGGAUAUAUGUGUAAAAGAGUUCCAUGAUAAUGAGCAUUUAGGAAGAUAAGCAUUAGAAACAGAUGCUCCUAGAAAUGCAACUUUAAUUUGUACUUAAAAUUCACAUAUUUUAAUUUUAAGUAGGUGGGAUUAUUAAUAAUGUUUGAAUAAUUUAUUUAAAAUAGAGAGACCAAAAUGGAUUAAUUUUAUCAAUUAAAUUCAUUUUUUUAAGAAUUUUUAACCUCAUAAAAUAUAAAGAUUAUGUGAAGAUCUUAAAGGGAAAUUCAUGUCAACAAAAGAUUGUCUUUAUAAGGUUGGUGAUCCUAUUGAUAAUUUUUAUAUUGUUAAAAAUGGUACAUUAGUUAAAAAGGUUGUUGUUAAUUUAGAAAAGUCAAAUAGAUGGCCAGUAAAAACUAAAGUAUGGUUAUAAAAUACUGUUGCAACAAGAUAAGAAAUAACUAUAAAAUAUGAAACCUAAUCAUUAUUAGGUUAUUAUGAGAUUGUUACAUAAGAAACUUUGGGAUUAAAAAGUAGAACAGAAGAAAUUAAUGCUUUGGAUGAUUGUUUUUUAUUGUAUAUUCCAAGAGCUAAAUUUUAAGAUAUUUUUGAUGUGGAUGAUCAAAAAAGAUUCCGAGAAUUAUUUUUAAAAUUGUACCCUACAUCUUUUGAUUAAUUAAUGGAAAUGGUAAAAUAAUAGGAUGAAAAGAAAAAGUUAGAAUACAAAACAAUUAAAGAUGCAUUAAUUGAAGGAUUAUAGAAUGUGGAUUAAUUACAAUUAUAUAAAGUACAUUAAUAUUGAUGAGUUUAGAAAACAAAAAAGUAUAAAGGGAUUUUACAAAAUGCCAGGAAUAGAUUGAAAUAAUAUUAAUAAACUAAAGGUAUAAUCUAAACAGAGAUUAGAUAAAAAGUUAUGAAAUCAAUUUAUGAAUGA